CGAGUCGGCUGGCGUCUGGUGGCCGGUUCCAGUCGAGCUCUGCCGCAACCGGCCGGGCUGGUGCCUGCGGAGGAGGCGCGAGUGCCGACUCGGCCGAUCUCUCCAACCGCAACCGCAACCGCAAUCGCAACCGCGAAUGGCGGCGCAUCUGCCGCCGGGGCCGUCUUGAGUUGGCCGGCGUGGGCGGGAGUCUGCUCGGACGCCUUCGGUCGGUACCAAAAUGCACCGUCGUCCGAUCAACCGCCCGUUCAGCCGGUCGACCGGCCCGGCUCGGAUUGGUCACCGUUGGCGCCCACUGCGCGAUCCGCUGCCCGUUGCCACGGCGACGAGCGGACUCCUCAGCUUCAGGUCACUCUGAACGGCAGCCUGCUUAGAAGUUGUUAG